GCUUCGGGCGCUCACACACACACACACACACACACACACACAUGGGAGGGGGAGUUUUUUAGAUCUCAGCUCCCUCCAUCCGUCCUCCCCAUGUCGGCGAGACGGCUGCCGGUUUGUCCGUGACCAACACCCGCCUCUGGUCCUCCUGCCAGCCAGCCCCAUCAUGUAGAUCCAGCUCAUGUUCCAAAGAGGGAAGUUGAACUCCGGCGGCGACCUGAGAGGAGACAGGGGCGGAUAAAUACAUCACAAAGCCACAAUGCUGUGAGCCUGCAUGAGGCAGCCUGGAUGAACAUGAUGGAGGAGGCUGCCUGUCAACUGGAGAGAGACCACGUGCACAGCGUCUACGACAAGAUCGCUCCAUAUUUCAACGACAGCCGCUAUAAAGCCUGGCCCAAAGUGCAACAGUUCCUGCUGGACCUGCCGCCUGGCAGCAUAGUCGCUGAUAUUGGCUGCGGCAAUGGCAAGUAUCUUCACAUCAACAAGGAAGUGUUCAAGCUGGGGUGCGAUGUUUGUCGCCCCCUGGUGGACUUUGCUUGGAGCCAAGGACACGAGGUGCAGAUGUGCAACGGGCUGCACUUGCCUUACAGAGAUGGCUGCUUCGAUGCUGUGCUCUCCAUCGCAGUCAUUCAUCACUUUUCCACCAAAGAACGACGCAUUCGAGCAAUAAAGGAGAUGGCUCGUACUCUGCGGGUGGGCGGCCACAUUAUGAUUUACGUAUGGGCCAUGGAGCAGAAGCGGCGCAAAUUUGAGAAACAGGACAUCUUUGUUCCCUGGAACCCCCACCCUCAUUCGCCCUCCGGUGUCAGCAGAGAAGAUGUCAAGCCCAGAAGACGAGCCACGACACAGAGUGUGAGCGAAGCCAUAGAUAACGCCGACAAGCACAGGAAGUUUAGAAGCACAUCCUCUGUGGCUGAUGAAGAAGAUCUGCCCAGCCCCAUGCCGCAGAAGAGGAUGCAGAGACUGUGGUUCUUCUCCAGGUCUCUGGAUUCAGUCUUUGACUUCGGGAGCUUGGCCAUCUCCUGGCCAUCCUCCAGGGACCUGCAGUGUUUAUCUUCACCCACAGGGGAAAACGAGGGGAACAAGUCCAACCUACGCAGAAGAGGACGAGGCCUCAUCAAGCAAGUCUCGAGCUUCUUCUCCCCUCCGUCUGUGAUCGGCUCAGAGGAGGACGUCUUUGACCCGGUCACAGAACUGCACAAGGAACCAAAUGACUCUGGAAGCACUGACAGCACUGUUAGAAACAACAGCACAGAAAAACAAGACCUCUCAGUAUCUUUAGCCCAGGAGUGUGGCUCGCUUGCUUUGCCUGAUCUAAUUUCUUUGCAGAAAGAGUCUGAAGGCGAAAGAGAUGAGGGGUCUCAGGGAGAGGAGCAGCAGGUAAGCACACAGGGUCCUCAGGGGGGUGAAGGGUGGAUGGAAGCCUCCUGUCUGAGGUACUAUCAUGUCUUCAGAGAGGGAGAACUAGCAGAGCUCAUAGAGCAUAAUGUUGAAGAGCUCCGUGUGAAACACGCCUACUUUGACCAUUCCAACUGGUGCGUAGUGGCCGAAAAAAUUCACUUAUGGAAAAUUUGAUUUUACCUUGUAUUUUGCCAAAGUUUUUGCACUGAACCAUUUAUUUAAAGUAAUACAUUUUUGUAGGAAAAAAAGGUGUAUAAACGUGCACCUGUAGUCACUGCUGAGGGUAAAGUUAACCCUAAUUUUAGCCACUGGUCCAGUUCUUUUGAUUUUCGAUUUCUAAGUGGUCUUAAACUUGUCUGUCUAUCAGAACCUGCACUGUUUUAGAUUCAUUUAUGGAACUAUUUGAUCUAAUAUUGCAUUGUGCAGAUAUUACUUUUUUUGUAGUAAAUCACAUUUUUAAGUAUUUCAUUUAAAACAUGAGUACACAAAGCACUGUUCUAAUGACUUAUGGUUACGUUUAUUCGAUUUAGUAUGCUUAAUUGCUGCCAUUGAUGUGAACCAUUUUAAAAGGACUUGUAUACAAAAGGAUGUGUUGAUAUUUUCUUUUUAAACCUAUUAGCGGGACUAAAGUUCAGAUUUCCGUCUGCUUUGAGUUGUUUUAAAACUUUUAGUUUUGUGCAAAUGUCUAUACGUGUACCUGUUUUAUGAAUGGGUGAUUCCCAACUGCUCAUAUGUAAUUUCCCAUCCGACACUUUGAGCUCAAAACUGUCCAGAUCAUCUUGUCAAAUGUUCGUGCUUUACCUCAAAGUGUUUCAAAGUCCUCGAUGUAGUUUGACGUAGCUGCAUGGUGUUUCGUAACAAGCUCAAUAUACUAAUUGUGUCUCAGCAAUUAAACUGCCUCAUAUACUGUGAGUAAACAUUGCACUGCACAACUAAUAAUGUUGCUACUCGAGAUCAGCAAUUGACAUAAAAAAGGGGGGGCACUUGAAACAGUGCUAAUCUCUACCCAUUUGUGCCAAGAAGUGUUCCUAUUGUUUUUUUUUUUAAUAAAGUAUGUGUGGACCAAUUGUGAUGGUUUUAAAGUGAAACUAAUUGUCUCAUGAUUUUGAAUCCUGUUUCCUUCCAUAAAAUAUUUUUGUUUGAA